UAUUAAACGGGGCCUGGCGCUUAAAAUCCUCCGUCCUAUUCAUAUCCACCCAAAAUCACCCAUCCCUUUAUACAGUACAUAAGCACUUAUCAUCUCACCCAAUUCACAUUUUUACUCUGUCCCUCUCAUUUCUCAUUCUCAUCGUAAAACAUCGGCGGUAUGUGGUCCAAGGCCAAGGCUCUCCUGGCCAUCGCCGCCUUCGCCCUCACUCCCGUCGACGCCAUAUGGCCAGUGCCCAAGAAGAUCUCAACGGGAGACAAGGUGCUCUUCAUCGAUCAAAGCCUCGAUAUCACCUAUAAUGGAGACUUUAUGCCCUACACUUAUAAGUUCCAGCCUGAUGCCGGUUCCAAGUUCAACAGCAAGCAGAUCGUUCAGGCCGGUGUCUCACGUGCUCUUCAGGCCAUAUUCAAUGACAACUUUGUGCCAUGGAAGCUUCGUGAGCGCAACUCGGAUUUUGAGCCGGAUCUGCAGAAGAAGCAGUGGGUGAAGUCACUCAAGAUUGUCCAAACCGAGGAGGAUGACAAGAGCACUUUCAAGCCUCUCGCUGGCGAGGUUGAUGAGUCGUAUUCACUCACACUUUCUGAAAAGGGUGAGGCCUCUAUCAAGGCCAAGUCAUCCACGGGUAUCCUGCACGGACUCGAGACAUUCCUGCAGCUCUUCUUCAAACACAGCUCUGGUACUUCAUGGUACACGCCACACGCGCCUGUCACCAUCCAGGAUGCGCCUGAGUAUCCCCAUCGCGGUAUUCUGCUUGACGUUGCCCGUAGUUUCUUCGAGGUUGAACACAUUAAGCGCACCAUCGAUGCCAUGUCCUGGAGCAAGCUGAAUCGUCUUCACCUUCACAUAACUGACUCGCAGUCUUGGCCUCUUGAAAUUCCUGCUCUGCCCAAGCUGGCAGAGAAGGGAGCAUACCGCAAAGGCCUCACCUACUCUCCCGAGGACCUGGCCGGAAUUUACGAGUAUGGUGUCCACCGUGGAGUCGAGGUGAUCAUGGAGAUUGACAUGCCUGGCCACAUCGGUGUGGUUGAGCUUGCGUACAAGGAUCUCAUUGUCGCAUAUAACGAGAAGCCAUAUCAGUGGUGGUGUAAGGAACCACCCUGUGGCGCGUUUCGGAUGAACAGCACCGACGUAUAUGACUUCCUCGACACCUUGUUCGAGGACCUCUUCCCUCGCAUCUCCCCAUACAGCGCAUACUUCCACGCUGGCGGAGAUGAGCUCAACCACAACGACUCCAUGCUCGACCCGGGUGUGCGCUCCAACAAGACUGAAGUCCUGGCACCUCUCCUGCAGAAGUUUGUCGAUUACACUCACGGCAAGAUUCGUGACGCUGGGUUGACUCCGUUCGUUUGGGAGGAGAUGAUUACUGAGUGGAACAUGACACUCGGCAAGGAUGUUGUGAUUCAGUCGUGGCUCGGCAACGGCGCUGUCAAGGCCAUGGCUGAGGCUGGUCACAAGGUCAUUGACAGCGAUUAUAACUUCUGGUACCUCGAUUGUGGUCGUGGACAAUGGCUCAACUUUGAUAACGGCGAAGCUUUCAAGACCUACUACCCCUUCAACGACUGGUGCGGUCCCACCAAGAGCUGGCGCCUCAUCUACUCACACGACCCUCGUGCCGGUCUGUCUGAGGAGGCUGCCAAGCUUGUCCUUGGCGGUGAGGCCGCCGUAUGGACAGAAACCAUCGACAGCGUCAACCUUGACACUAUCGUCUGGCCCCGCGCCGCUGUUAUGGGCGAGGUUCUCUGGUCAGGCCGAACUGACGCCUCAGGCCAGAACAGAUCGCAGUACGACGCUGCACCUCGACUGGCUGAGCUGCGCGAGCGCAUGGUGGCUCGUGGUGUAAGUGCCUCGCCAAUCCAGAUGCCUUUCUGCACACAGGGCAAUGCUACCGAGUGCGCACAGUUCGAUGGAUAAGGAAGCGGGCGAUGCUAUUCAUGAAUUUCCUUGUACAUAGUUUGAUGAAACAGCAAUCAACAGAAUCUUGCCCUCUUGCCCAGUAGUUCGCUUGC